AUGAAUAUGCCAAGGGAGGUCAAGCUUUCUCUCUUAACCCUUGUCUCCAAAGGUGAUGCUCCAUCAACUUUCAAUGACUAUCGGCCGAUUGCUAUAAGUUCUUUUAUUUACCGAUUCAUUGCAAAGUUGUUAGCUAACAGGAUCAAUAAGGUGAUGCACAAGCUUGUGGGUGUUAGUCAAACUGCUUUCAUGGAGGGAAGACACAUUGAGGAUAAUGUCUUACUCUGCCAGGAGUUACUGUAUGGUUACCAUAGUAGCAAGGGGAUGCCUAGAUUCUCGGCAAAAAUUGAUUUGCAGAAGGCUUAUGAUUCAGUGCAAUGGAGUUUUUUGGUCACUUUGCUCCUCUGGUUGAAUUUUCCUCCUAUAUUUAUAACUUGGGUUUCUAAUUGUAUUAUUAAUCCUAGUUAUGUUGUUUCUCUUAAUGGUGCACAGUCCCCAUUAUUUUCAACAAAUAGGGGUCUGCGACAAGGGUGUCCAAUGUCCCCUUUUCUGUUUAAUAUUGUGCUUCAGGUCUUUACGGAUUCCUUGUUUGUGGCAGCUAAGGCGGGAACUUUUCAAUACCACCAGUUCUGUGCCAAGCCUGAAUUGACCUCUGUAUGCUUUGCCGAUGAUCUCUUUAUUUUUGGUAAGGCUACUACUUCCAAUGCUAUUACAUUGAAGAAGCUGCUUGAUGAGUUUUCGGGGCUUUUUGGACUUUCGAUAAAUCAUGGAAAGUCCUCUCUAUUUUUUGCAAACUGUGAUGCUGGAAUCAAGGGCUGGUUUGAGUGCACUUUGAACAUGAGUGAAGGACAUUUGCCUAUUAAAUACCUGGGUGUCCCUCUUGCAACACAAGGGCCUAGGGCAUGUGAUUUUCAGCUGUUAAUCUCAAAGGUGGAACACAAGAUUUCUUCUUGGAGUGCUAGGAUGCUUUCUUUUGCAGGGAGAUUGACCUUACUUAAGUCUAUUGUUAUGGGUUGUAUUUCCAAUUGGGUAGACACAAGGUGGCUUGGAAGGCUGUUUGUCGGCCAAAAGAGGAGGGGGGGUCUUGGCUUGCGACGGCUCCGUGACUGGAAUACUACAGCUUUGAUGCGCCACGUCUGGUCACUCUCUUCUAAACAAGAGAGUUGUUGGUCAUUAUUUGUUCUUCAUCGAUGGCUAAAAAGGCAUUCAGUUUGGUCAUUGACUCUGCCUAGCCAAUGUUCGAUCUCUUUUCGUGAAAUCCUGAAGACCAGACAUCUGGCUGCGUGUUGCACUCGCACACUCAUACAUUUUGGAGAGGGAACUCUGUCGUGGUUCGAUCCUUGGUUGGCCAAUGGGCCGAUUGCCCAACCUGGGAUAUUAAUUGCUGAUUCUCUUAGUCGUGGUGUAUUUGAUUGUGUUAGUCAUAUAUUGGCGGAUGAUCAGAAGUGGGUUAAUCAAACGCAGGAUGUUGCUCUCAAUGAUAGAUGGGAGGAGAUUCAAUCGACGAAGGUACACAAAAAGCUCCGUGGUGACCUGGUGGUAUGGACUCCAACCUCUAGUGGGAUGUUUAGUCUGAAGAGUGCAUGGAACGUGGUGCACAGUGGCAGUGAGCGCAAGGAAUUGUGCGAUCUGAUUUGGUAUUCGCAUUCUCAACCCAGAUUCUCGUUUGUCUAUUGGGUUGCAUUGUGGGGCAGGCUGCCGGUUCGAUGGUUACUUGCUGGUUGGGGGAUAGGCAUACACUUCUCUUGUUUUCUAUGUGGGGUUGUAGUGGAAACAAUUGAUCAUCUUUUAAUUGAAUGUCCUUUCUCUUCUGUUGUGUGGAAGGAUGUUCUCAUUCUGAAUGGUUUUAAUAGACAACCGGUGGGUUCUUGGAAUGAUGAAGUUCAAUGGCUGGUUACCCACUUCGAUGGAAGAUCGCUGCCUGACUCGGUGCAGAAGUUUAGCUUCAAUUCCUCAGUUUAUCGGAUCUGGCAAGAGAGGAAUGAUAGGGCGCAUCAACGGCGACCGAGCUCGACUACAACAGUUUUGAAUCGCAUUAUAAGCGAUGUUAGAGGCAGAUUUUCAAGUCUAGUUUUGAAGAUGGAGGACACUAGCCGACAAAGGGACUUUUUUGCAAGAUGGGGCAUUCCGGUGGUGUUUACUUUGCCAUUCGCUACGCAACACACCUGGCCAGCUCCACCUGUGGGGUGGGUUGCCAUCAAUUGUGAUGGCUCUGUUAAGGAUGCAUCUGGUGGUUUUGGAGCCAUUGGGAGGAAUCAUCUGGGGCAGCCGGUUUUUGCUCUAGCAGGAGGGUUACAAGGGACGAGUGUUAUUUGUUUGGAGCUUGAGGCGAUUUGA